ACAAACGAAAUACUCUCAUUUCUUAAGGGAGAAAGAUCGAUCAUUUGAGAAAAUUAAAAACCCUAGACUCGCUGCGACUAUUCUCUUCCUCUCUCUAUAUUUCUCUGAUCGAUUUUUCAUUUUUUUUUACCGUAAGACAAAAAUCGAAAGUAUGAGGGGAUUGGUGAACAAGCUCGUGUCUAGAUCUCUCUCCGUCUCCGGCAAAUGGCAGCACCAACAGCUUCGCCGUCUCAACAUCCACGAGUACCAGGGAGCAGAGCUGAUGGGUAAAUACGGAGUAAACGUGCCCAAUGGAGUCGCUGUUUCUUCUCUCGAUGAAGUUAAAAACGCUAUCGAACAAGUUUUCCCUAAUGAAACCGAGUUGGUCGUUAAGAGCCAGAUCUUGGCUGGUGGAAGAGGUCUCGGGACUUUCAAGAGUGGUCUUCAAGGUGGUGUUCACAUUGUCAAACGUGAUCAGGUUCAAGAUAUUACUGGAAAGAUGCUUGGGCAAGUACUCGUCACCAAACAAACUGGUCCUCAAGGCAAAGUAGUCAGCAAGGUCUACUUGUGUGAGAAAUUGUCACUUGUCAAUGAGAUGUACUUUUCCAUUAUUCUCGACCGUAAAUCUGCUGGACCGUUGAUAAUUGCCUGUAAGAAGGGUGGUACCAGCAUUGAAGAUCUUGCUGAGAAGUUCCCUGACAUGAUUAUUAAGGUACCGAUCGAUGUAUUUGCAGGAAUUACAGAUGAAGAUGCUGCCAAGGUUGUGGAUGGUCUGGCUCCAAAAGCUGCUGACAGAAAAGAUUCGAUUGAACAAGUGAAGAAGCUUUACGAACUCUUCCGCAAGAGUGACUGCACAAUGUUGGAAAUCAACCCUCUCGCUGAGACAUCCACGAACCAAUUGGUAGCUGCUGAUGCUAAGUUGAACUUUGAUGAUAAUGCUGCUUUCCGUCAGAAAGAGAUUUUUGCCCUUCGUGAUCCAACACAGGAGGAUCCGCGAGAGGUGGCUGCUGCAAAAGUGGACCUGAACUAUAUCGGUUUAGAUGGAGAGAUUGGCUGCAUGGUGAAUGGUGCUGGAUUGGCCAUGGCAACCAUGGACAUCAUUAAACUCCACGGUGGGACUCCCGCAAAUUUCCUUGACGUUGGUGGAAACGCUUCUGAACACCAGGUGGUGGAGGCGUUUAAGAUACUGACAUCGGACGAUAAAGUGAAAGCAAUAUUGGUGAACAUAUUCGGUGGGAUAAUGAAAUGUGAUGUGAUUGCUAGUGGAAUUGUGAAUGCUGCUAAAGAGGUGUCACUGAAAGUACCAGUGGUGGUUCGUCUGGAAGGAACAAAUGUUGAACAAGGAAAGAGAAUCCUCAAGGAAAGUGGGAUGAAACUCAUAACAGCUGAUGAUUUGGAUGACGCAGCAGAGAAAGCUGUAAAGGCAUUAGCUAAUUAGGCUAAAAGGGGUUGUUUUUAUACAAAAAAAAGCUAUUUGUUGAGAGAUUUUUUUUCUAUGGUUUCUAGGCCAUUUCUAUGUGGUUGAGGCAAUUGCAUAUUUGUUGCCGAUAUAAUUUGCUGAAACAGAUCAAUAAUGUUAUUGAUGAAAAUUUAAUUUUUCAUCAAAAAAUUGUUCUUAAA